AUGGAUUACUUUAAAAAUUUACAAAGUAAAAUAACACAUCAAAAAACACAACCUACUCAUGCCGAACAACUUGCAAAGUUUCAUAAUGCAUGGGAAGGCAUUCUAGGAUAUUUUGAACAAGAUGAGAAAAAAGUUUAUUCUAUGCCAGCUAAUGUUAAUCAAACAGAAAUUCCACAACGUCUUAAAGAAAUGGUAGGAAUUCUUGUCGAAGAGGGCCUAUAUCUUGAAGAAGUGAAUACUGGUGUUUGUAUGGAAGAAUUUUUAAAAAAUAAUGUCCUCAAAGAAUUGGUAAAAUUAUCUAAAGAUGAUGCCCCACUAGGUAUUCGUGGUGAAAUUAUUCGUGCGGUCAGAGAAUUAAUUGAUCUCUUAGAUGAUCGUUUUUUAGUUCAUAACUCUGUCCAUCAACCAACUGUUAGUCUACUUCGUACUUGUGUUCAUGAUGAACAACAAAGUGAAGUGUAUGAUGAAGACUUGGUGGAUCUGAUGUAUAUCAUUUGUUCUAAAAUUCAUGGUUUUCCUGCUCUUCUAAAUAUAUUUUUUUAUGAUGCAAAUUGGUUAACUACGCCUCAAAAGUAUACUAAAAAAGAAUUAGGCCUCUCAUUAAAUAUUAGUAAUAAUCAAGAUGGAAAUAUAGAUGAUGGUGCAUCCAUGACAAGCAAUUCAACUACUGAUCAUGCAAAAACAACUGAAUUUACCGAAGAAACCGAAAAACCAGAAUAUGAAUUUUUUCUUUUUGCUUAUUUAUUACAAUUUGUACAUAGGGAAGGCAAAUGUGGAGACUUUGCUAGAACUGGUUUAUUAUUUAUAAUGGAACUUGCUGAUGGUCAAUUAGCAGACUAUAUUUUAGAAAGUGACUUUGCUAAUAUCAUGGCAGCCGGUUUGGGUGCUCUUUAUUCACAAUUACCUAGAAAGUUGAUGGUAAAAAGUUCAAGUGGCGGAUUAACAAACGCCACUUUACUUCGUUUUGGUGAUAAUACAUCCGCUGAACUUGAAAAAUUACGUUCUGGUGGCAUUGAAGUUUCUUCAUCCCCUGCGUUUAAAAGUCAACUUGAUUCAUUUUUGAAAUUGUUAGAGUUUUGUCAAGAUAUUUUGAAUAGGUGUCCAAAUUCAGAAAUUUCAACAGCAUUGCUUCAAAAUAUUAAAGCACAUUUUCUAGAAAAUAUAUUAUAUCCGUCUAUUCUAGAAUGUUCUGAUACUGAUGGUUCAUCUGUUGCUGUUAUUUCUUAUAUUGAUAUAAUUUUGCAAACUUUGGAUCAAGAGGAGUUGGUUGACUUGGUUGUAGGUUUCUUGAUGGAUUCUGAUAGCGACGAAGAAAAUUCUUGGAAUCAAACACUUCCAAAUAAUAAAGCAGCAAAGCGCCAAAGCACUAUAAACUGGUUUUCAGGAAUUGAUACAAAUUCUAAUACCUCUUCUCCUUACUUUACGGCUAUUGGUAGAUUUACUCUUAAAGAUCUUAUAUUUUCACGUUUGCGCUCGUCGUCACAGUCAACAGUCAUCGCCGCUCUAAAGCUUCUUCAGAAUCUUAUCUCUAAACAUUGUUGGUAUUCUAUUAAAUUGUUAAAUAUUGAAUUAGAUGAAAAUGCUACUUGUUUUCCCAGUCCAAAUUAUAUGAUCGAAAGUUUUCACAACAAUGACUUGCAUUCUUUAAGUGGUGCUCCAAUUCCUAAGCCUAUAACAAUGAGUCAUCAUUUAAGAGAAUUGGAUCUUUUCUAUUCAUUGAUUUUGGCAAUUAAUCCAAAACAAAGUGUAGAAAUUAUCACAAAUGGAUAUGAAUCUUAUGUACGUGAUGCAGAAGCAAAUAUAGAAGCGGAUUUAUGUUAUCGUAUUGGACAAGAUUUAGAAUGGACAGAAGAGGGACCAGCUCAUCCUAAAACCAAUAAAAAUAAAGGGAAAAAUUAUUCAGCUUAUAGUCAAGGCAAGAAUCCCAAAAAGCAUAGUCAUGCGGAAACUCAUCAUGUGCUAAAACAUAAAUUAAACCCAACAGAUCGUUUAAAACCUGCUGAUUCACUUUUACAAAUUCUUAUCGGUACACUUUCCAAUUUUUUUGCUCAUUCACCUGAAUUGAACCUUACUUUGACUGGAGUAAUUUCAGCACUUGCCAUAUGCCCAUAUAGAUCAUUAGAAGGCUGGUUAGUGUUUAGUGGUGCUGAUAGAUUAGAUAGCCGGCAAGAUUCUUCAGCCAAAGAUUUUGAAAGUCUUCAACACGAGGCCAGAAAUCUUGAACGUUCACUUGGAAUUAUUGCCAGUAGUAGUGAUAGUAGUGGGUCUGGUAAUAAGAAAAGUGAUGUAUUGGAUGAAUCAGACGAUCGUUCAAUAGAUCAUGAUUUUGAAAAAAGUGCAUUAGCAAAUAAUACUAUUGGAGUAGUUCCAAAAUGGGCCAAUUUCCCACCAUUCUUUACAAUUUUUAAGACCUUAACACAGCAAGUUGAUUAUUAUCGAAGUGAAAUAGAAGAUUUUGACCAAUAUCUUGAUGAGAGAAGAAGUGGCUUACUUGACACAGAAGAUGAAAUUGAUGAAAAUUUCUUUAGACAACAAUCAUCUACAGCCUUCGCAUCCCGCGCAUCUCCAAAAGGCAUUCCUUCGAAUUCUUCCAACACAAACCUUCGCCGAAAUAACUCAUUACCAAUGAAAGCUCCUCAAAGAUCUCGUUCUUUCUCGCGUAAAGAUACAUCAUCAACAUCACCAAUCAAUUCACCAUUAUCAUCUUUUAAAUCUUCUCCUAUUUCGUCUAAUAUUGUUACACCACUUACAACGCAUUUCAGCAAAACUGAAAGCAUUAAAAUUAAGCCACUUUUCCCCGCGAAUUUUGUCAAUGAAGAGGAAGAUCCAAUUGACGAUAUCGGAGAAGAAGAAGAUGAUGAACUAACGUCCUCAAAGAAGCAAACAAGAACUAAAUCAAAUGAAUCUAAACCAAAGGAAAUUACAUUAAGCACACUACUUAAUAAUGUGGUUAUUUUGGAAGAAGCAAUAAAAGAAUUAGUGGCUAUAAUACAAGUCAGGAGAAGUUUGGGUAUUGAUGAAGUUAGAUACUUGUAG